GUUACAGAUGAUCAUUUGACGUGUGUUAAAGAAUGAGAAAGUGGGAUGUUCUUCGCAUUAUGACUCAGUUUUGAAUAAUUGUUUUUGUGCGUUGUUAUGUUAUAGUGUCCGCGUCUUAAUCGAAAACCAUGUACGGGAAAAUUGAUAUUCAAGAAUGUCUGAGGGAUUCGCCCAAAUUCCGAAGUUUACUCGACGAAGAACAAUCCAGCAUUGACCAGUUGGAGCUGAAGCUCGACAAAAUUUUAAAAGUAUGCGGUAGCAUGGUAGAUUCGGGAAAAACAUAUGUUGCCCAACAAAGUUUGUUUGCCAACAGUUUGUGGGAUCUGAGUGCACAUUUCAAAGAAGAUCCUACGGUACUGUCUUCCCUCAACAAGCUUAUUCACAGUCUUCAGGAAAUGAAUAAGUUUCACACAAUAUUGCUAGACCAGGCAUCAAGGACUGUCUUGAAAAAUCUUACUUCUUUUAUUAAAAAGGACGUAAAAGGCGUGAAAGACUGCAAAGCCCAAUUCGACAAGAUUUCGACCGAAUAUGACAAUGUGUUACUCCGCAACUCCCAAACGCCGAAGAGCAAGCCACUGGAAGUGGACGAGGUCCAGAACAUACUGUUCGCAGUGAGGUCGUGUUUCGGUCAUCUAACCCUCAACUACGUCAACAGUAUUUGUUUGUUGCAGACGAGGAAGAGGCACGAGAUUCUGAGCACUCUUCUGUCGUACAUGCACGCGUGCACCACGUAUUACCAUCAGGGCAGCGAUUUGUGCGCCGACCUGGAGCCGUUCUUUAAGACGUUGGCCGACGAGAUCAACGAGAUGCGGGACGAGAGCUAUCGCGUUGAAAAGGAACUGGAGAACAGGCACGCGAACGUGAAGAACGCCGAUUGCGUCACCCUCAGCACCGACAGGCAUUCGCCCAUCAUGGAGGGAUAUCUGUUUAAGAGGACCUCGAACGCCUUCAGAUCGUGGCACCGCAGGUGGUUCUACUUGUACAGGAACAGGCUGGUGUACAGGAAACGCUCCGGCGAAGAACAGGAAACCAUAAUGGAGGAAGAUUUGAGGCUAUGCACCGUCAAACCGGUCACGGACGGCGAACGUCGCUUCUGCUUCGAAGUCUUGUCCCCGUCAAAGAGUCACAUGCUUCAAGCUGAUUCUAAGGAAAUGUAUGAUGCGUGGAUUGCGGCCCUGCAACAAGGAAUCGGAGCCGCAAUCCAAAGGAUCCACAGUGUGGACUACAGUUCGAGGCACACCAAGGAGGCGCAGCCUCUAAAGUCCAACGACGAUGUGUCCAAAACCGAGCACUCCGUCGCCACCAACAAUAACAAAAUCAAGAAAAUAAAGAUGUGGGAACAGUUACUGAGAAUACCGGGCAACAAUUACUGUUGCGAUUGCGGUAGUCCCAACCCCCGUUGGUCCAGUAUUAACUUAGGAAUCACCCUCUGCAUAGAGUGUUCAGGCGUCCACAGGAGUUUAGGCGUGCACUACAGCAAAGUGCGAUCGCUAACUCUGGACGACUGGGAGCCGGAAAUCAUCAAAGUGAUGGCCGAACUGGGCAACAACGUUGUCAACAAGAUCUACGAGGCUAACGUUCCCGACGGCGUACAACGUGCCACCGAAGAUUGUAUUGGGGCAGUGAGGGAGAGCUGGAUCAGAGCGAAGUAUGUGGACAAGGGGUUCGUGAAGAAACUGCCGCAGUUUCAAGCGUCGCCGUCCCAAAAUCGCACCUCGCGCGCCAGCUUGAUGGAGGUGCGCAAGUGGAGCGUAAGGAAGAUGAGGAGACGGCCGCGGAGCUGCGAUAAAUUGCGGCGGAAGAAGGGCAACGGCAUUCUGAAGAACGUCGAUGAGGCCUCCGAGACGUCGGAAUCCGGUUUUGAGGGCGAGACGAGCGCGGAAUCGUCGCAAAAAAGCGAAAGCCUGAAGCGAAGGACAAGCGUGCUACUGUUCGGAAACGAUCUCGACAAGGAAUCGUUGGACGACGCCAUAGAUCUGAGCAGUGAUCAGGAGUCAACUGAAGGAGAGGAGGAACAGACUGUUGAAGAGGAAGAUAUUUCUAAAUUACACCCGAAUCUGCUGCUCUACAAAGCGGCCCUAGCUCACAACUUACCUGUGAUGUGCGAGGCCUUAGCCCUUGGCGCAGACAAGAACUACAUUAACAACGAUGACAAGGGGCGAAGCCCCAUACAUCAGGGUGUGUUGAGCGGCUCCGUGAUGCCCUGUGCUUAUCUGAUACUCAACGGCGUUAAAAUAAAUGCUCAGGACGUGAACGGCAAGACUCCCCUACAUCUGGCCACUCAGGAGGGGCAUACUGCUCAAGUGUGUUUGUUUUUGAAACAUAGAGCGGAUCAGCAUCUAGAAGACGACGAAGGUAAAGUGCCAUUAUCGAUGGCUGAGCAAAAGGAACACGCCGAUAUUGUCACGUUGUUGAGACUGGGACGAUUAAAUGAGGAGAUGAAAGAUUCUGAAUUAGGGAUAUCCGGGGAUGAUAUGUUUAAUGAUGUCGUUAGGGAUUUCUCCCAACUGGCUUGCUCACACCCAGAAAAGUUGCAGAGGCCAAAAGUCGACGAGUACUAUACACCGAAUACGAUUAGAAUCUGAAUUGAGUAAAUAUGGAGAUGUGCUUUCAAUGUCGACUUUACCUUUCGUUUUUAGUACAAGCUUUUUUAUAUUAUUUUUAAUAACGCAGUUAUGUUAUGCUCUCUUCAGUUAAAUAACUGAUUUAAUUGUGUUUUAAUAAUAUAUUUCGACCAUAUAACAAAAUGAA